UGAGUUGGAUGGUCAGGCGAAGGAAGUUUUAUGAGGAUUUUGAUGAAAUGUAAGUAGUAAUAAGAAGUGUUUUGCCGUUAUUUAUUCAUCUAAUGUGGACAUUAUUGGAGAAUGUUCAAUAUUGUUUGUGAAUGAAUAGUUUUCUUGGUGUAUUGACGUUGUUUUUGUAAUGAAAUCGAAAGUUGCAAAUGCCGAAAAGAUAGUUGCAGACUGGGGAAUGUAUUUUCAGCUUUGGAAUUAACUGGGACAGUACGAAUUCAUUAUUAUCAUUGCUUUAGUCAGUCUUAAGAGUUUCUUGGACAAACAUAAGAAAUCUUCACAUCAGAAUAAAGCUGAAUAUAUUAUGGUAGAGUACACGGCCAUGCAUCAGCCCAUGAAUUUUGUAUGUGCUCCACCCCUUCACCCUGUUUCGUCAGAGGGAAAUGGCCGCUGCGGGUCUUUCCUUAGCUUGCAGGAUAGUAGAGCAUCCAGGAGCUGUGGAAGAUGUGGUAAAGAUAGGACACAGGUGCCUCCACCCAGAGCAGCCUUGACUCAACACAGCGUCAGAGGAUACCAGAAUCAGAUAUCGGGUCUUCCACGCUCACUCAUUUUGCCAGGCUAUUUUAUUGCACUCCAGAGAAAGAAAUGUGGAAUUCAUUCUGGGGGCACUAUAUCUUUGACUUCUCGUCAUUGUGAGUAUCUUGACCCGACAAUGAAUAGUUGCGUGUGAAUUCAGUGGCUGGUGGUGACAAGGUAACAGUUGAGCAUAGUCUUUAAUUUUUUGAAUCGUAAAUCCUUCUGCCAAUGUCAGUGUUAAGUGUGCGCUGUAUAUUUUCAGAGUCUUGUUAAUAGUGCUUUACCCAUAAUAUGAUGCGUGGCAUUCAGGUGAUCAGGGCAAAGAGACAUUAUUUCAGGCAGAAAUGAAUUUUGUAGUCUGUAUCCACUUUCCUUUUUGUCCUAGCAUUUCUUGGCAUCCAUUUUCUGGUGAGUGAUGCCAGAGGUGUAGAUGCUGUACGCAUGAUGAGACUGCUGUGUUUGUUUCAGAUUGAUGUUCAUCAGCUCCAUAUGUUAUCUAAGCACAUUGUAGAGAUGAUGACGGAGUAUUAAGGGUCUUGGUGGUGAGGGGUGAGGGUGGUGGUCAACCUUCAUGUAUUCUUCACCUGAGAUCUAAACGUGAUUAUUUUGAAGAUCCAACUGCCUGUACUAUGGAAGGAUCCCCAUUUAUGUUUAUCUGUAGUGGUAUGGUGGUUGGGCCUCAGUGCUGCCCCGAGCAGUGUUGAAGAAAGUAUCAUCCCUUACCUUUCUAGCAGGGAUCGCACUCUGGCCAUCCAUGUCAUAGUUCAUAACUUAAAUUACCGAGACAGUGGGUUGGCACUCCAGAGGGCAACAGUUUUCAUGACAGUACAGCUGUUGGUUGAGGUAAUGAGCUGCAAGCCGGAAGGAAGGUCAUUGGAUUUAUUUUUUUUUUUGGUCGAAUCAAGCCUCUAGCAGAAAUGAGUACCAGUAAUAUUCUUGGAAUGUAGGUGGUAAAGAGCGACUGCCGCGUAAGGCCGAUAAGGUUACCGCCAUCUGCGAGCCGAUUGUCUAGAAAAUGUGGGAACCUUAACGUCUCACACACCUAUGGGCCUCCACGGGCUGUAAACAGUGUUUUCUUAUAUGCAGAUCUUGUGUGAUGUUUGCUCAUUCUUGUGGCCUUUAGCAUGAACUAGACUGCUAUAGCUUCUCUUGUGGAGCUUGUCCUACUUUGACCCCCAAAGCUUUGUUACUGCAGUGAGUGGAGUGCCUU